AUGGCGAGGCACUUGGGAGGAAACAGCAGGAACGGAUCGGUUGCUCGUCACUGCCUUGCCAAGGAGGAGGAGAACCUGAAGACAGUGCUGAUGAACCUGACCAGCGCCUUGGUGCAGACUAACGAUGUGGGAACCAAGCAGGCAGACACAGUCUACUUCUUGGCCAUAACACCCCAAUUUGUGAAGGAGGUGGUCAAAGCCGAGAGUCCGGAUGGCAUCCUGCUCUCCAUGGGCGGACAAACGGCACUCAACUGUGGAGUGGUGCUGUUUCAGAUUGGCGUACUGCAGCAGUAUGGUGUGAAGGUUUUGGGCACACCUGUAGAGUCCAUCAUCGCCACAGAGGACAGACAGCUGUUUGCUGACAAGCUGAAGGAGAUCGAUGAGAGGCUCGCCCCCAGUGUGGCUGUGGAGUCGCACACGAUAUUCCCAGUCACCCACUUUUAA